AGGGAGAUAUCGGGAUCAGCUGAGCCCGGGCUCCAAAUCGCCCCUCUCAAUUAACCCCCUGUACCCACUCCAGGGUCGUCUCCUCCCGCUGCACCCCACCAAACCCGGCCGCGAUCCCCAUCUCUCUGUUUCCCACAUAGACCUCCGCCGAAGAAGCAACCGCCCUCCUCCCCCCUCCAUCAGGCAGCUCGCCGUCGUCGCCAACUCGCCAAGCCUCGAGGGAAGGAACGACACACAGAUCCGGACCUUGCUGAUGUGGCUUGUCAUUCGUUCACCUGAGAUUAAUAAACUCCGUUAGUCAAUCAUGGAACAACAACAAGUCAAGCCAUCUCUCACCCCGUCUGAUACUCCUAUGGAUAACCAGGAUUCAUCUCCACUUCCUGCCGUUACUACUGCUGAUCCUGUUCCACGUGCUCUUUCAAAUGAUUCCGCGACACAGGCUGCCUGUCCAAAUCCUGUUGCCCCUUCAUCUCCUUCCGCUCCAACUUCUGCCACCACACAAGAUGCUGCAGGACGCGAGGCACCAUCAUCCAUGUUUUCUACAUCAGGCUUAUCUUCCUGGGCGAAAAAUCUGAAAAUCCCUCAGCCUUCUUCAGGUCAAGAAUCACCAACAGGUAAAAAUACCGUUUCCCGUCUCGCUAGUGGCCUUGGAUUGCGGCUGUCUCCAAAAGAUCCACAUCAAGAUGAGAGUGCUGAAGGCAGCACAACCCCAACUACUGCACAAGCUGGUGUUUUUGGUUCCUUGACAAGAGGCAUUGUGGAUUCCUCUAAGAAUGCUGUUAAGGCAGUGCAAGUUAAGGCUCGCCACAUGGUCUCACAGAAUAAGAGACGAUAUCAGGAAGGAGGAUUUGAUUUAGACAUGACAUAUAUUACAGAGAACAUAAUUGCUAUGGGUUUUCCUGCCGGUGAUUUGAGCUCAGGAAUUUUCGGAUAUUUUGAGGGCUUUUAUCGCAACCACAUGGAGGAAGUCAUCAGGUUCUUUGAAAUGCAUCACAAGGGGAAAUAUAAGGUGUAUAACCUUUGCUCAGAAAGGCUGUACGAUGCAUCUCUUUUUGAGGGAAAGGUUGCAUGCUUUCCUUUUGACGAUCAUAAUUGUCCUCCGAUACAACUUGUCAUAUCAUUUUGCCAAAGUGCAUACUCAUGGCUGAAGGAAGACAUAGAAAAUGUGGUGGUUAUCCAUUGCAAAGCUGGGAAAGCAAGAACAGGGUUGAUGAUCUCCAGCCUUCUAGUAUACCUAAAGUUCUUUCCUACUGCGGAGGAGUCCAUUGAAUACUACAAUCAGAAAAGAUGUGUAGAUGGAAAAGGGCUUAUUCUUCCAAGCCAGAUUGUGAGUAACCCUCGGAUUAUUUUAAUUUAUUUAUAUAACAAUGCAUUAUUCUUAAUGUGCUGGAAAAAAUUACAGAGAUAUGUGAAGUACUUUGAGCGUAUUUUAAUUUACUUCAAUGGUGAAAAUCAGCCGCCUCGCAGGUGCAUGCUUAGGGGAUUUCGCCUUCAUAGGUGCCCCUAUUGGAUCAGGCCAUCAAUUACUGUGUCCAAUCACAAUGGUGUUCUUUUUUCUACGAAGAAGCAUCCAAGAACGAAAGAACUAAUGCCAGAAGAUUUCUGGUUUAGUGCACCAAGGAAGGGAAUUAUGGUUUUCGCGUUGCCUGGGGAGCCUGGAUUAGCAGAGGUAGCUGGUGAUUUCAAGAUUCAGUUUCAUGAUCGGCAAGGAGAUUUCUACUGCUGGCUAAAUACAACAAUGAUGGAGAACAGAGUGACACUGAAUCCAACUGAUUUUGAUGAUUUUGACAAGAGAAAAUUGCCGUCACCAGGAUUCCAGGUUGAGAUCGUUCUGGUAGAUUAUAGUGGUUCACAACCACCAAAACAAAAACCAGCUGAUGGAUCUGCUGAUAAGAAGUCUGAUGCUGAUUCCUCUACGAGCAGCAGUGCCAAAGACAGCAAUGCUGCACCUGUAGAGUCCAAGAAAGAAACUGGAAGUGAUGAUAAGGAUGAUGUUUUUUCUGACAAUGAAGCAGAAGAUGGAUCAUCCAAGGGCAAGAAUGAGGUCUCCAGCAGUGGUCAAGGUGGAGCAAAUGGAGCCAAAGCUUCUGAAACAAGUGUUGCACAACAGGAGCCAUCAGCUGUUGCCAGCGGAAUCGAGAAAAUAACCAUUUCGGGCGAUCAAGGAAUUGCAAGGGCAGCUGACGCUAUCUCUCUCAAAACUGAAGCUAGCAGCAAGAGCGGCUCCACCAAAGCACAACCCCCUGCUGUGGAAUCAUCCAGCUUGAGCGAGUUCAAGGCCAUCGCCGCAGACGCUUCGGUCUUCUCAUUUGGAGAUGAAGAUGACUAUGAAAGUGAAUAGGGCCCUCUGCUUUUGCAGGUGUUUGGUUUGUCAUGUGUACAUUUUCACUCUUCUAAGACCCAUGAUGGAAUGUCACUAUAAAGCAAAGCUGGAAAGAAUUGAUUUAUUUUUGUGUUUUGCGAUUAUUAUAGCCCUUUAAUCAAGGUGCAAUGUUGUACCUUGACCAGAUCUGAACUUGGACAGUAGCGACUGAGAAUGUUAUAGUCAUUUGAUUCUCCAAGCUA